AUGGCAGCUGAAAACGAUAAAUUCGAUCAAGCAUCAGUGACGGGGGAUGCACUGGUGGUGAUGACUAAUCAAGAGAAAAAGCGACUAAAAAUGUUAGAAUUAGAAAAGAAUCCUGGAUUAACCAAUCAGCAGCGAAAACAACUGGAAAUGAGACAACUAGUCGAUGACCCACCAGAGAAAAGAAUCACUAAUCAAGAACGGAAACGGUUAGAAAUUGAGGCUGGUAUUAGCCAGCAAAAAGGACGUGGUCGAGACGGAUCGAAUCAGAUACGUUAUCCGAGUACAUGGACUCAUCAAGGUAUUUCACAGAUUCAAGAACAAGUUGAUGAUACGAGUGAUGAUCAAGAACUCGGAAAAGGAAUUACGAAUCAAGAACGAAAACGUUUGGAAGAUGAGGCAGCUGGCACGCAAAUUCGUUACACAUCAGCCACUGGCUUUUCAAAUGAGAGAAAAAGCUAUCGAAGUCAAUGUAAAGCGCCUGCCAGUUAUAAAGACGAUGGAUGUGCCAAAGAACCAAGAACACGUGUGGUUCGCCGUAUCCGACCUCCGAAAGAUUCGCCGCUUGAUUUGUUUGGUAAUCCAGUGGGUUCUCAGUAUGAUUUGGCUCAGGACGGUUCAAUGUACCCGUUUCGAGUACUAAUUGGGAAAUUUUAUGCCGGGGAGGGUUUUACUUUAAAAUCGUUCAUCCAGCAUGUUGGUCAAACAUUAGAUCAAAAAGGUUUCGACUGGUAUAUUACCGAGAAGGAAGAUGACUUUUUAGAAAAACUGAAUAGUGGCGAUUACAUUGUAGCUUGGAUAAUUAGCUAUCGUUCACCGCCCGCAUUAAUUGAACAUUUUUCAACCGCGAUUUUAAACUAUCACAACUCCGGUAACGGUCUAUUCCUGUUUGGCGAGAAUGAUAUUGCAUCCAUGGAUAAGACGAAUAUCGCAUUGCAAGCGAUAUUCGGUUCCGAAUACCUUUUAGAAGGAAAUACGCCCGGUAAUGGCACAUUGAAGCCAAGCCCUGACGCAUUUGUCUCUGGUCAUUUUCUACAAGAUCAUUUAAUCAUGGCUGGCAUCGAAUCAUUGUAUGAAGGAAUAACAAUAUGUUAUCCAAAGACACAACAUUCUGAACUACAAGUGCUAGCAACUUCAACAAAUGGUCAUUCCUGCAUCCUUUGUCGCGGUAUCGGGGACAGAAAAGGAAGAGUGGUGGUUGAUGUUGGAUUUACAAAGCUAUUUGGACAGUACUGGAAUACAGCUGGAACGGGACGAUAUGUAAUCAAUGUUUCAUGCUGGUUAACAGGCGUGAAUUUUAUUGACUGA